AUGAAUCUCAAAUAUACUGGUGAUGAUAUAUCUCGAUCACAUUCAUUUGGUGAUCAUUUUAAUUCAUCAAACUCAAAGAAAACUAGAGAUGAAUUAAAAACUAUUGCUCAUCGACACGGUUUUGAAACAUUAUAUGAACAACUUACAACUUCUAGCAAUACUUCAAAAUGGACUAAUGCAGGUGUAUUUUUUACUAAUAAAACAAUUGAUUCAGAUGUAACUGGAAUUCAUAAAACAGAUUUUCAUGAUGAUCAUAGUCAUACAUUUUGUUAUUUGUGUUCAAUAAAUCAACAUCAACAUGAACGAACUAAACCACGUGAUGAAUCUAAAAAACAUAAACUUAUUCCAUAUAAAAACCCUAAAGCUCGUUUAUCAUCAUCAUCGUCAUUAGAUCGAAUAAAACAAAAUUUAUUAUCAUCAUUGGAUUUAAUAUCUUAUCGAUUUAUUGUACGAACUGGUACACAAAAAAAUAGUGGCACACGAGCUCAAGUAUUUUUAUAUUUGUAUGGAACGGAAAAGAAUUGGACAUCACUUCAUUUACAAGGACAUAUUAAUAAAAACUUGUCAACGUCUACGGAUGGUUUUCCAUGUGGUUCUAUUCGAACAUUUUGUUUUAAAGGACCAAAUAUUGGUCAAUUACAUCAUUUAAAUGUUAAUGUAAAUAACACUAGAAUGUAUUGUUAUUUUUUAUUUCUUCUUCUUCUUCUUCUUCUUUUUAAGCUUAUUGGUUCUCGCUCAGAUAAAGAAUGGUUUCUAAAAGAAAUUGAAAUAACUGAUUUAACUAAUUCAAUUACAUGGUUAUGUGAAUUUAAUUGUUGGUUACCAAAAACUAAUGAACAACAAAUGAAUGAAAUAAAACCAAAUGUUUAUCAGCAAACUAAAUUAUCCUUAUCAAUUUAUAUUCUACAAAUUCGUACAGGUGAAAAAUCUAUUGCUGGUACUAAUGCAAAUAUUCAAAUCAAAAUUCUUGGCUCAAUAAGUCAAACAUCUCAAUUAACAUUAACAAAUAAUCGAAUUAAUUUAUUUGAAAAAAAUCAAUUAGAUACAUUUGCAAUUGUUGGUCCAAAUCUUGGAGAUGUAUUAGAAAUUAUUGUUGAAUCAGAUAAAAACCAAUUAGUAAUGGAUUGGCAUAUAAAAGAUAUGGUAAUAUGGAAAAUAAUACCAAAUGAUGAUCAUAAACAAUCUCAUGUUUAUUUUCCAUUUAAUAUUUAUCUUGAUAAAAAAGUAAAUAGAUAUAAGUCAACUAAAGAAAUAUAUCCAUCAACGGAUCAUCAUUUAAAAGGUCCAAUAUGUUAUCAGGUAAUUGUUAAAACUGGUAAUGUAGCAAAUGCUGGAACUGAUGCUAAUGUUUUUUUAAUUAUAUAUGGAAAAAGUGGUCGUACAGUCAUUCAUCAACUUAAUAAUCGACUUAAAAAUGAUUUUGAACGAAAUACAAUAUCAGAAUUUACUAUUAUGGAUAUUGAUAUAGGUAAAAUAGAUCGAAUUAAAAUUUGGCAUGAUAAUUCUAAUAUUGGUUCAGCUUGGUUUCUUGAAUCAAUAAUAAUUCGUAAAAAAUAUUCAACAUGUUAUACAAUAUCAAAUAUAUAUAUUCAACGUGUUGAACAAAUAAGUAAUGCAUUAUAUCGUCAAGUAUAUAAAAAUAUGAACAUAAAUUCCAAUGUACGUACAACAUCUUCAAAAAAUGAAGAUGAACAUAUUUCAAUUGAUCGACAAAGUUUUAAAUUAAAAAAUUCAGAUAAUAAUGGAUUAAAUGAUCGUUUAGGAAGUAGUCGAAGUAUUUUACGUAGUCCAACAAUAUAUGAUAAAAUUAAUUUACGAAAAAAAGUUACAUGGGAUGAACAAAGUAUUGGUUCACAAGAUGAUUUAUUUUCAAUUGAUUCACAACGUUUAAAAACAAUGCAACCUAUAGAUGAACAACAACAUAAUAAAAAUAAUUCAUUUUAUUAUGAAUCAAAUCAUAUUGAUCAUGAAAUUUAUUGGAUAUCAUCACAUAAUUAUAUGGAUAAUAAAUGGAAAAUAAAAUCAAUUGAAGAAAUAAAUUCAUUUGAUUUUGAUUCAUCAAUACGUUCAUUAUUACUUUCCGAUCGUUUAAUAAUAAAUAAUAAUAUGAAAACACAUGUGGAUGAAAAUAAUGAUGAAAUCUAUGAAUUUCAAGCUAAUUGUUGGUUAGGAAAAGAUAAACAAGAUGGAAAACUUGAUAUUUAUUUAACACCAAAAUCAAUUCAUAAAUCAUCAUUAUCAUCCGAUGUAAAUAUUGAUUUGAAAAAGAAACAUAUUAUUCAAUCAAAUAUUCGUUCUGAUACUCAAUCAAAAAAAUAUGACAAUGAAGACAAUAAACAAGAAUCAAAAUAUUCUUCUCCAUAUAAUCUAGGACCAAUUGAAAAAUCUUCAAGAAAUUUAAAUUUACAUAAUCUUCGAUUAUCAUCUUCUCAUUUACCUAAUACAUCAAAAACACAACUACCUAAUUCACAUACAUUUCAAGAAAAUAUCAAUCCAUCUUCUCGUCUGAAUACAACAUUAAAAACAAACGAUGAAUUAUUAAGAAUUAAUUCAUCAAUUGAUAAGUUUCCUCCUCAAUCUUCAUCAUUAACUCAACAUUUAAAAUCUCCGCGUAAUAUUAAUGAUUUUACAUAUCCAUCAACUAGUGAACAAGAAUUAUUAGCUAGAAUAACAUCAAGUGAACCAUCACAUCAUCCACGACCAACAACUACACCUUUAUUAUCACUUAGUCAACGUUCUAAAUUACCUUUCAAUACUAAUGAUCGUACUGCUCCAAUAACUAGUGAACAAUCAUCGUCAAUAAAAAUUCUAAAUCAACCUCCAUCUCAUCCUCGAUCAUCAAGUACGGCACUGUUAUCAUCAAAUGAAAAUAUAAAAUUAUUACAUAAUAAGCAUCAUCUUACCAAGCCAUUGUCGAAUGCUCAGAGCUCAUUAACUAGAAUUUCACAUGAACAACCAAAUUUCUCUCGACCAACAGCUACUUCGCUAUUAUCAUCUAAUCAAAGUUUGAAGUUGCUAUACGGUAACAAUGAUUCCCUCAGUCCAAUACCUAAUGAACAGCAAUUAUUAAAGCGACUUACAGAUGAAUCACCAUACCGUUCACAAUCACCAACUACCUCAUUAUCAUUAUUAACUCCACGUGCAAAAUUAGCUCGAAACAUCACUAAUUCCCUAACGAAUGAAAGAGAAACAUUAUUAAAUAUUUCAGUUAAACCUCCCAUCAACCCUCGAUUAACAUCUCCCUCUUUAUUAUCAUCUAGUCAUCUUCCAAAAUCAUCUCAAUUAAAUAAUAAAUCUGUUAAUUCAUUAACAGGAACAUCUAUUGAAUCAACAUUAGGAUCUAAAUCUUCAAUACGUUCUAAUCCUGACAUGUCUUUAAAAAAAUCUAUAAAUAGUAGGAAUUUUUUUAUUAUUUUUUUGCUUUAUUAA